AUGGCGAUUAGGGUUUUCUUUAUCCUAACGCUGCUGCUGUUUUCUUCAUCGUUUUUACAAGUUGCAAGAUGUGAACAGGAUCCCGAUGCAGAAGUAGUUGAUUCGUCUGAGGAAGUAGGAGACAUUGGGAUUGUUGGCGAUGAUGUCCAGGAUUUUGGUGGAGGAAGCUUUAGUCCAGCUCCAGGCGUGGAAACCGUUUGCGUCUUCCCCAAAAACCCCGCAAAGUUGAUAGGAGCUGGGGAAGAAAGUGAACUUUUAGUUGGAUUGAAAAAUGAGGGAGAAUCUACAAUAAAUAUAAUCGCGAUCCAGGCUAGUGUGCAUCUUCCUUUUGAUCACCGUUACCUGCUUCAGAAUCUCUCCGCCCAGGCUUUCAACAAUGCAACAGUCCCUUCAUCAGCUCAAGCAACUUUCCCUUACAUAUUUGGCGUGAGCAAGUUCUUACAGCCGGGUUCGUAUGAUCUCGUGGGGACUAUUGUUUAUGAAAUUGAUCAGAAUCCCUACCAAAGUACCUUCUACAAUGGAACAAUUGAAGUUACUGAAGUAGGUGGGCUGCUAAGUGUCGAGUCCGUUUUCUUGUUUUGCCUCGGUGUAGCUAUCCUUGGUCUUCUUGGGUUUCAGAUACGAAACCAAUUUCAAAAUCUUUCCAAGAAAACUAAGAGAGUGACGAAAGUGGAAGUUGGAACCGGGACAACUGAUGCCUCAAACGAUGAGUGGCUGAAGGGUACUGCUUACUCGACUCAAUCUUCGGCCAAAUUAAGGAAGAAGAACUAG